CCAUUCCACUCGAAAACGCGCUAAUGUACAGAAAUCUCAGAUGGCUAGUGAUAAAAGAGCGCGUUUUCCACUACCCAGCCUUUGUUUUACAAAACUUGCUGAUCUAAGCAAGAAAGAGAACCAAACUUUGAAUAUUUUUGGUAUCGUGAAGUUUUUCAAAAGUCCCUUCAAGAGUAAGGGUCGAGACUUUUGUCUCACCCUCAGUCUAGUUGAUGACUCGUUCCAAAAUACCGACAAUAGGUUUGUAUGCAAUAUAUUUUCUCCCCACGAAGAACAGCUUCCUUUGGUGAGGUCCGUUGGAGACAUUAUUAAGCUGAUUGGAAUAAAGGUUUCUUCAUUUCGUGGUCAGCUUCAAGGAAAAGGAACAAGUUCAAUGUCAUGGGUGACAUUUGAUGGUUAUAGCAGCUCUGACUCCAUUCAACAUGCAGCAUCAUCAAUACCCAAUUAUACAACAAAUGAGCAAGAUAAAGAAAUAAUUAAAGAACUGAAAGCAUGGGCUUGUUCAUUUGAGAGCAUUCAUCCUCAAUCUUACAGGAAAACACUUUCUCAAUUACAUCCAGAUGUGGUGUUCUUUAAUAUUUCUUGUCAAGUUGUUUCCAUCUGCCAAGCUGUCAACUGCAAUUGUGUAAUUUUGACUGUAUGGGAUGGCUGUACUCUCAAUUGUAAAUCAUACUCUUUAGAGGAACCAUUAUCAAGCACACUUCAAGUCAGUGAAACUCUCAAGAAUGAUAGUGAAGGAAUGGCAAUUGAUGUUUUUCUGUAUGAUGAGCAUGCUAAUGGAGAAGUCAAAAAUGUUAAGCCAGGAGAUUUUGUUUUGUUGAGUAAUGUACAUGCACAACCUGCAAAAGUCAUGACAAAGGAAGGGUAUCCUAAAAUUUCAUUUGUGGUUCACAAAGGAAGGAUUAAUGGACGUGGAGUGUUAAAACUACCACAGGAUUCUCAGUAUGUCAAAGAAAUUCUGGGCCAAAUUGAAUCCUUGAAAUGUAACAAGUCAGUUUCCAACAACCAAACAACUACAAACACAAGGGCACUUGAAACGUCAUGUACAAUUACUGACUUCCCGUUGAUAUCAUUUACUACCAUUGAAGACAUCAAGAAAUGUCCAAGUGUUCCAAAUAAGUUCAGGUGCAGAGUAAAAGCCAUUUCUUUUCUGCCUAAAAAUGUGAAAGACUUUGUUCAAAUGUACUGUCCAAGUUGUAGAAAAGUCACUAUACCAAAAGAGUCGAAGGCAGGCGAGGAUUGUCAAAGAAAAUUGUCAGAAAGUGACUUUGACAGCAUGGAUAGCAGAUCAGAGUGUUCUCAAGACGAACAAGCACAAGAUAUGUUUGAUAAAUCGCAGGAUCAAGAAAACUCCUUCCCUACACUGGGCGAGAAAUGUUUUUCCUGCGACAGAGAAAUGUCAUUUGUUUAUGUAUUUUCACUUCUUAUUGAGGACGCGACAGGACUGCUUCAUGUUAUGCUAUUCAACGAAGAUGCUAAGCAGUUUCUAACGGACCUUCCAUCUCCUGAGUCCUUUUUAAUCAACUCAGAAAUUCAGAGAAAUACUCGCGAAACGUUGACAUCUAUAACAGAUAAUGUGAACAACGAACUGGACGCAGAGAGUCAACCCUGUGGGGCGAGGCCGUGGAUGGAGUGCUGUGUCUUCUCUUACCAUGUACCAGAGCAAGGCGUAUUAUAUCGUAUUUUUGGUACAACGGUUGUCUAAAGCACCGUGACACCUACAURAAAUGAUAGCCUGGGCAAUGACUAGACCUGGUUUAUCAUGGUGGUAAAGCCAGGGCAUAAUGACUCGUAUCAUUGUGCAGUGUAUGGAAAGCAUAUGUUUAAUUUGUUUUCAUAUCGUUUUCAUUUAUUUAUCAGAAUAAAUCUAUGUUAAAAUGCUGGAAA